AUGUGGAGCACUCGCGGUCUUGCGGUGGCUACCGAUGUGUGCAUGUCACCGGACCACAGCACGCUUUCGAGCAACUGCUAUGGAGUCUGCAGGUCUUCGCUAUGCGUAGUCUAUGCCUUGUCAACAGCGGAGGAUAGGAACAAAGAAAGUAGCGAAGCUGGCUUCUUUUAUCAAGGCUGCGCGGCGUCAAACAUGCCGUCAUGCAAGACGAAUGUGACUUCUGGAGACUGCCAAGUGCAGUGUCUAGUGGAGUUGCCUGCUAGCUGGAGUCAGCCUCACUGGACGUUGACAGUCGCUAAACCCCAAAGCGACAAGACGGAUACCGCACUUUUUCAGGAGAUUGACAUAUUAGAGUUGCCGUCGACUCUGCAAGAAUUGUCUAUUGUUGGUGCAACAUCGAGCUCCCAAAUAUCUGUGCCGCUAUCUUUUUUGCCCGGUGCGUUUCGGAGUGGCACAGCAUUGCAGCAACUUGCAAUUUCUGACGUUAAUGUUGGAGGUUUGAUGACAAAUAUUUUCCCGGACUCGCUUCAUACACUUAUCAUUCAGCGGGCGCACCUUAAUCAGUUUGAUCCCCGUGGUUCCCAUGCUUUCACUUCGGUGUCCAUAUUAAAUCUUUGCGACAAUGAUCUGUCUGAAAUCCCAACCAUUAUAUAUGAAAUGCGCAAUCUGUCAGCUCUUUAUCUACAAGGCAACAUGAUUGUCAAUGCUCACGUUACCCUGCCGCAACUUCUUUAUUUGCAAAAACUACCCGUUUUCGAAGCCAAUUUGACAAUCAGUGGAAGCUGCUCUGCGGGUUAUGAUACUAUAUCAUGGAAUGGCAAGAGCGUCUGCUACACUAACGGUGAUAGUCUUGGUAGCAUUGAUGGAUCAGAAUCUACGGAAAAAAGCACUGCUUUUCCUGCUAGCGGAAGCGAUGACAGCUCAGAUGUGGUGGGUGUUAUUCUUGGACUCGUGGUGUUCAUAGUGGUAGCCAUACUUGGUGGUGUUUUGCUUUUGCGAAGAUGGAAGCAAAAGGCUGCAAAGGGACAGCACGAUUCACUUGUGGCGGUUGAUACCAAACUCAAAAGUAGUCUGAGGGGUCUUCGAGCACGAAUGGGUGUGAAUGGCACAGCCCAAACUUCAGAUCUUGAAGCUUCGUUAAACGAGUAUGACAUUAAAGGAGGAGGACUGCGCAAAGCUGCCUUUGAAGAAAUCCCUGCGGGUGAAGUGGUCACGCUGAACGAAUUGUCAGCUCCUGGACCAGUGUUGGUUGCCCUGGCUGAGUACCAAACAAAGUUGGUGCUUGUGACAAAACUUCGAGUCAGUGAUGAUGAUAUUGAAGCUGCUCUAGACAUGAUGCCGGUUCUAUCACGGAUGCGUCACCCUCAAUUACUCUCGAUAUGUGGAGUUGUUUGGGACGAACGACAAGCAAUGACUGCAGUUUGUGAAUACAUGACGCUCGGCACUCUUGAAGCGUAUCUCCGAAGUUCCGGCUCUAGACUGAAUUGGAUGAACUUUAAGAUGAAAGCAGCUGCUGAAAUCGCUCGUGGGCUCAUGUACCUACACAAUCAGCAUAUGGUCACGUAUGAUGGACUCAAUGGGAAAAGCGUCUUUGUAGAUCCAAGUAAAGGCUGUAAACUGAACCCUAUGCAGGCAGCACUAGCGACGAACGAAUCAUCUCGUUACAGUUGCCAAUCAUAUCUCCGCCGUUGCGAUACAGCCUCAAAAGCAUAUUUUGCCCCUGAAAUAUUAGUUGGUGGGCCAUCUCGGUCAUCGUCCGAUAUGUACGCGUUUGGUGUGCUGCUGGCACAUCUUGACACAUGCCAGACUGCAGAUGAGAUGAUCAGAAGUUCAUGGAAAAUGCGCACUCACAUCGGAAACUUUGAUACAGACAACGGCACUCUUCUUUCAGCUGACGGAACAGUGAUAUCGACAGAUACUUCUGACGUGGACAAUGUGCGAAGAUGCACUACUCAUUUAGAAAGCUUACCCAGCUAUAGUAGCUAUCGUUCGCUACAAAGUUCUCGCAGUCUCACGUUGGAAGAAAAGCGGCGAAGAACAACUCCUGUGCUCGGUACCAACGACAACAACAAUACUAGUUUUAUGAGCAUGUUUACAUUCACAUCAGAAUGUCCCACGGCGGUGCGAGAGCUGGCAGGUGCAUGUUUGCAAUACGACCCAUCGCUACGCCCCAGCGCGUCCUACAUCACAGCCAUGCUGCAUAUAUAG